GAGCUCCCCUCAGGCGCCAUCACAGUUCCCGCCCGGCCGCCAUCUUGGCUCCGCCUCCCCUCAGCGCCAUCUUCCCGCUCUUCAGGAGCCCCCCCUCACGCGGACAUGGCGCUGUUCGCAGUCAGCAGGUACAUCGGGGAGGAGGAGGAUGCGGACGAUACGGCGCAGGAGGAGCGGGCUCGGGCCCUGCUGGAGCGGCUCCGCGAGCAGGCGAAGGCCCGGCAGCUGAGAAGGCAGCAGGAGCUCGGCGGAGAGGGGCUGGAGGGCGAAGCCGAGCAGGGACGGCUGAGGAAGGAGCGAGAGGGCGGCAGCGCUGUGAAGAGAAGGAAGGAUGGAGAGCUGGGCCAUGGGGCAGAAUCUGAAGGAGAUGCUGAACAACGGGAAGACAGGAGCAAACUUAAAAAAUCCCCUAAAAGGAGGAAGAGGGAUGAGGGAAAUGAAGGAGCUGAAGAGAGGAAGAAAGAGAGCAGUGAAGGAGACCGAAGUACAGAGGAGGAGCUGCCCUCAGCAGCCGUGGGGGAAGAAGCACAUCCACCACCUUCCAGCCUGGCAGUUCUGGGGGACUAUGACAAAAAGCCCGUGCAGAAGGUACAGCCCUUCUUACCACAUUGGCUUGCUCAACCCAAGUUAGUGCAAAAACGGAUCAAAGAGAAUCUAAUUCCCAUCAGGGAUGUCCCAGAAAUUCACCCCAAGCUGUUGAAAAAGCUGCAGAUGAAUGGCAUAGAGUCCUUUUUUCCAGUUCAGGCAGAGGUGAUACCUGCUGUUCUACAGAGUGCAUCCAAUGGGUAUUUGAUGGGGCAGGGAGGAUAUCGCCCCAGAGACAUCUGUGUCUCAGCUCCCACUGGCAGUGGUAAAACCCUGUCCUUUGUCAUACCAAUAGUACAGGUUCUGCUGGAUAGGGUGGUUUGCCAAGUGCGAGCUCUGGUUGUUCUGCCCACAAAGGAACUGGCACAACAGGUGAGUAAAGUGUUCAACAUUUACACCGAUGGGACAGGUCUGAAGGUUGUAUUGAUCACUGGCCAGAAAUCUUUUGCGAAGGAGCAGGAAAUGCUUGUCCAGAAAAAAGUGACGGGCUAUUGCAGCCUCGCUGAUAUUAUUGUGGCUACACCAGGGAGGCUCGCAGAUCACAUCAGUAAGACCCCAGGGUUCAGCCUGACACAGCUUCGCUUCCUGAUCAUAGACGAAGCUGACCGUAUGAUUGAUGACAUGCACCAGAAUUGGCUGAACCAGGUUGUCAAAGCUGCGUUCCAAGCAGAAAAUGAAGCUGGUUCUAAUAGACUUUUUCGGAGGACCAUACCAGGACCUGUCACAGCAGCGAGCUGCUGUUACCCUCAGAUACCCUUACAGAAACUGCUGUUUUCAGCUACGCUGACCCAGGACCCAGAGAAGCUGCAGCAGUUGGGCUUGUUUCAGCCUCGCCUCUUCACAUCUGUCUACUCUGAGAAAAAAACACUCAGAGAUGGAACAGAGGCCGAACAAGAUUCUGAAGAGAAGUACACACUCCCUGAGGGGCUGUCGCAAAGUUAUGUGCCUUGUGACCUGAAUUCCAAGCCAUUGCUCCUCUUGCACUUCAUGCUAACAAAGAAGUUUACCCGUGUGUUGUGCUUUACCAACUCCAGAGAGGCUUCUCACAGAUUGUUCCUGCUUGUUCAGGCUUUUGGUGGUAUCACUGUGGCCGAAUUUUCUUCUCGUAUACCUCCAAAUGAGCGACAAAGGACCAUGAAGGAAUUUGAACAAGGAAAGAUACAACUGUUAAUCAGCACAGAUGCCACUGCUCGAGGGAUUGACAUUAAAGGAGUGAAUUGUGUAAUAAACUAUGACACACCUCAGUUCAUCAGGACAUACAUCCACCGUGUUGGAAGAACAGCUCGUGCAGGAAAAGCAGGCUUAGCUUUCAGCAUGGUCCUCAGAAUCCAGCAACGCAGGUUUCUGCAGAUGUUGAAGGAUGCCGGCAUUCCAGACAUAGAGAAGCACUUGGUCAAGGGCAGGUUGUUAAAGCCGUUGGUGCAGCAAUACGAGGAGGCUCUGUCUAAACUUGAGAGGACAGUCAAGGUCGAGCGAGCACAGAAACGAGUCUGAAUGAAUGAAUGCAAAUAGAGCUGGCUGUGUUUCGUGGCACUGAAGAUACCCAGCACAGUAACAAGGAGAUGCGGUUCCUCAGCUUGGUGAUCAUCUCCUCAAGCUUAUCUCAUCUCAAGUCAGCUAUUACAGGCCUCAUUCAAGGACACAGGAAACAGGGUCAACUUACUGGCUUUCGAGAAGCAAAUGCAAUUGCUUUGGAAGAGAAUUUUGCAUCAUUACCUGACUGCCAUAUGUAAAACUACCAGCAGUGAACAGGGGAGCCAGGGCCAGGUCUCAGUCAUGGGCCUGAUGGAGCUGCUGCUCACAGAUGUGAGGGUCGUGCCUUUUUUAACACUGAAAUGGGACGGUUUGGUUGUGCCACGUUGUGCCAGGAGCUGUGUCAUGAGGAAUGUGUGCAGUGCCUGGAGCAGGAUGCUGUUCAAAGAGCCGUUCUAGGUUGAAUGAACUGCAGCUUUUAAAUAAAUAGACAUGUAUGUUUUUUAAAGAUAUUAUAUAAACUAUUUUAAAGUUUCUGGAAUGCAAAGGUGAUGACAGCGGA